AUGCCGAGAUUUCCCCUGGCUCACAUAUCUUGGCGGAAGGCUCUGCAGGACCGCCGCAAGCGAGUGGCGCUUACCGUGGCGGAGGGGUUGGCCGCGGAGGACCACGAAGUAACAGAGAGGGCGGAAGGCGCACAGGUUUUCCGGGCGGCUCGAUUCUGGGGGCGGUCUGCAACGAUUUAUUUGUCCUACAAGAAGAUGCAGGCCAAGUGCGCUCUGGAGCUACCCAGGGUGGCAAAUUUAGAGGAGCGGGAGCUCAAGAGGAAGGAGUGGUGGGACGGCAUCCACGAACUCAACAGCGAUCGCAUGCUGAAGCUUUGCCUGGACCUCCGAGGGUUCUACCUCAAGUCGGGACAGUUUCUGGGGACGAGACACGACUUCAUGCCCAAGAUAUUCCUCCGAAAGCUCGGCAAACUCCACGACGACGUGCCCCCCAUGGCUGCGAGCCAUGUUUCGAAGGUGCUGGCGCGGGAGCUGGAUGUGCCUGCUGAAGAGCUCUUCAGCAGCUUGAACCUCACGCACCCCAUUGGAUCCGCAUCCAUCAGCCAGGUUCACAGAGGCGUAAUCAGGGAGACCGGGGAGAAAGUUGCCGUGAAGGUGCAGUAUCCCGGGGCAGAGCGGGUCAUGAUGUCGGAUCUGCGAAACUUAAAGAUUCUGGCUUGGUUCUUGCAAAAGUUCGAGCUCAACUUCGACAUUUUGUCGAGCUUAAAAGAGUUGUCGAGACAGAUCAAGGGGGAGUUCGACUUCAGGUCGGAAGCGACGACAAUGGAUCGCAUGCACGAGUCGCUGGGGGAGCACUCGCGACGGAUAAACCUGCCCACGAGCCGCUCGUCUACCAAAAGAGUUCUAAUCAUGUCCUACCUGGAGGGGGAGUCUUUGGCCCAGCUCAAGCGUGGUGGCAAGGAGCGGUUUAACGCCGCUCGGAAGCGAAUCGGGAAGAGUCUGCUGCACGAGCUUGCGGACGCCUGGGGCUUCAUGAUUUUCGAAGAGGGGCUGUUCAACGCUGAUCCACAUCCAGGGAACAUCCUCAUUAUGCCCGAGGAGCAAGUUGGGCCGAUCAAGCGCGGCUUUGGCUUGCUUGGGCUUCGAACGCCCAAGCUGAGAAUAGGACUGCUAGAUUGGGGACAGACGAAGGAGCUUGGGAGGCAAGAUCGGGAAAAGGUUGCCAACCUCAUCCUGGCGGUCAGCUCGCACGCCAGCCCGGACAUCGUAAGGUGUUUCAAUGGGCUGGGUGUGAAAUUGAGCAACCCCGACGACGCGGACAGCAUCGAGAAGCUGGCGCUCGUGAUGUUCGACACGCGAACGAUCAAGGGGUUGGACUUCAACCCUUUCUCGGACAACAACGUGCUCAAGCUCAACUCGGUGCUUGAGUAUCCCCAGGACCUGUACUUCAUCCUCAGAACCGUGCUCAUGUUCCGAGGAAUGGCACAGAGCCUCGGGGUGGAGUUUUCUUUGGCAGAUAAAUGGGCCCCACACGCGCGGCGAUUGCUGGCGUGUUCGGGGUAGGCUCGAUCAAAGCUUUGGUUUUGAUGUCGGGGCAAGCUUGUGAAGUACAAAACACAAAUGUAUAGGUAGGAGUUUUGGUGGACGUACCCGAUAUGCGGGAGUGCCGUCCGGCUCCCCCCCCCCUCCCCCGCCGGAUGGGAAGGGAGACCACCCUUGCAAAGAAUCCACACUUCCAAAGAAUGCUGAGUUAUGCAUGUCGAAAUAGGAGUCACGCACAUGUCGAAAUGGAACACCGGCCUGAUUUUCAUCGAUUUUCUGACGAAUUUUCCGGUCGAGCUUUGUGCCAUACGGGACUCUCAGUACUGCCGCUUUGGAAGAGAGAGUGUGGGCCUCCGACCUACCAGUUGCUGGUUCGGACGGCACGAAAAGCAACGUGUUUCGUUGCCGGGUUGUUUUGUGUUGUGGACUAUCAUAAGGGAUAAUUGCUGUGAGGAAUCCCGUAUUCGGCUCCCCGUGCAAAACCAGA